AUGAAGAAAGGAUUCGUUUUGGCUUCUGUGCUGUGCCUUGCACUGGGGUAUAUCCAGGCAAUUGCUGUCCAGAAGAUAAUCAGGCCAGGCACUGUGACUGUUCUCUCUGAGAAGAUUACACAGGCUGGAAUGGGCAUAAAGCUGGAUGUAACCAUAAUUGAAGGACAUGACAUCCAAAUUUCUUCCGGCAUGAAGAAUAAUCUCUCUGCUCCUGUUGAGCUAGUGAGCAGCUUCCAGAAAAACAUUGAGGCCAAGAGCCCAGGGGAGUUUGAGCUGAGAAUCACAAAUAGCAGCGACAACUAUGCCAAUAUAUCAGUGUCCAUCUAUGUGGACAAGGCACAUGAGGAUAAGGACGAAGCAGAGGUCCUUAGAAAGCUUUUGGAUAAAGUCCGGGUUGACCUUAUGAACAUCUACAAUGACAUUCUAAAGCUUAAAACUGCAAACACAUCCAGCCUUUUAAAGACAAAGUCUGCGAAAAACACGUUGUGGAUAGUUUGCAUUUUCCCUCUUCUGUACAUUUUCCUCAGCUACUGGAGACUCCAGUCAAUUAAAAGCUUCUUCAGCACAAAGAAGAGAAAUAAGAUAUAA